GGCUGCUUCUGUAACGGCCGCUGAAUUUAAAAGUUUAAACGGGUGAGGGCGCGCGUUGCCCGGGAGCGGUGGUUGUGUGGAGUCCGGUGGUUGUUCUCCAGCGUAGCCGCAGCCUUCGGUCCGUCCCGGAGAUUCCGGGGCACCAUGGCUUCCACAACAAUCACAAUGGUGGACACUGAUAACAUGUUGAAGCAUUUUGGCGAGAAGCUCAAUGCUGUUAUUGAAGAUUUCAAAGAAAAUACAGUAUGGCUGAAAGAAAUCCAAGAAGAGGCUGAGAGGAUGUUUAUCAGUGAUUUUAGUGCAGAGCCUGAAUUGAUGCCAAAAACUCCUUCAGAGAGAAAACAGCGUAGGAGACGUCCAUCUGUGGCCUGUGAUCGCAAUAAGAGGUUUUCUAAAAGCAGAAAAAAUUUAAGACGCUCUUCAAUUCAGAGGAAGAAGCUGGGAAGUAGACUCUUAAAGGAAGAAGAUGGUGGCAGCAAUAAAAUUAUUGAGCAAACACAACCUAUGUGCUUGACCCGAUCAGCAGCACGUGCAGCAAUGAUAGCAAAUCAGGAAAAUGAAAAAAGCAGCAAGACUACUCUCGUUCCUGUGAAUGGUAGAAUGCCUUUGAUUGUACUGUCACCAAAUGACUAUAAGAAUGUGGAACUGCACCAAAAAAGUCAAGUGACAAACUUAGCCCAAACUCCACUCAUUUCUGAAGAUGUCAAAUUGUCCCAAAAGGCAUGCGAGGUAAAAUUUGAUCCUUCACGUGAAGUUGCUUUGGAAAUAUUGUCUCCUGCUGUCACUGUCGAGGUUGCCAGGAGCCCAAGUCGUACAGCAACCAAGGUGAAAAUAGCAGAGCCUAUUACUGAUGAAGAAAAUGGAAUGAAGAGGGUAUCUCCUUUAACUGCCCAGGAGUUGAAUAAUAUUAUGGAGGCAUCAGCUAAUGGUGAGAACUAUAUCUCUGAAAGUGAAAAUAAGGCUCUCCGCAGAUCAGUACGGAGGAGUGUUGCCGGUCGCCGGUCCAAGUGCAUUAGUUUGGCAGAUAAAUAUUCAGUGACUGUUCAACGAACUGUUAUGGUACAGAAAUCCAUGAGGAAACCAUCACGUAAAUCUAACAUUACAAGGAAGGGUAUGCUUGAAACUUCUGCUUCUAGCUGUCAAGACUGCGAUGACAAUUUAGAAGGAGUUGGUGAGAAAGAAUGUGAAAUCAAGAAGGCUUCUACAGAGGAUACUUCAAGAAUUGUUGAAGUGAUUUCUAGCAGCUCGCCUGAACUUGAGCAGCCAAAGGAGGAGAAACAGCCACACACAGUAAAUCCUGAAAAUCAAGAACGUAGAUGCACGCGGAAUGCUACAAAAAUUACCAUUGGCAAUCUAGAGAAUGAAGUAGAACCUACUACUAAGCCACAAUCUUCAAAAAGUUCACCAAGAAUUCAGAAAAAAGACAGCAGUAAUUCUGAUAAAUCAAGCUCUUCUGACGGCCAAAGUACUGGGCGGAAGCGAAGUUACAAGUAUGCAGUGGCAAAUGAUGAUUAUUCUGAGGAAUUGGAAAAAGAGGAUUCUCCACCAAGAAAGAAGACUCCUUCACCACACUUGGCAACCAAUAAGGUGGUUCGACCAAAACACAGAAGUUUCCUCCAUGCAGUCCAGAAGAAUCAAUUGCUGAUGACUCCUGUUUCAGUUAGCCGUACAGUGAUAAAGUCCUUCAUUAAACGUAAUACUCCACUGAAAGUUGAUCCCAAGGAACAGGAAAAACUCCGUCUAGAAAAUCUUAAGAAGAAACGGGAACAAGAAGAAGAAAGGAUACAGAAAGUGGAGGAACAGAAGAAGCGCAAAGUGGAAGAGUUUAAAAAGUAAGCGCAAAAGAUGUAGAAGGUGUUGUUGGAAACUCGUUCCCGAGUUCAACAGCAGGAGGAGGAGAAGAAAAAGAAAAUUGAGCAGAAGUUUGCUCAGAUUGAUGGGAAGAAUGCAAAGGUACGUGAAGAAAGAUUCGCUGAAGAAAAAGCAAAAAGAAAAGUAGCUGCCAAGAGGAUGGAGGAAGCAGAAGCUCGAAGGCGGCAAGAGGAAGAAGCUCGAAAACAGAAAUUACAACAGCUGGAGGAAGAACGGCAAGAAUUAUUGCAGCGCAAGAAGGAGGAAGAAUUGGAGCGUCAGCGUAAAAUGGCAGAAGCCAGGAAGGUUCAAGAACAACGGCAAGCUGAGCUGGAGAGAGAGCGGCAGCGUGAACGACAACUGGCUGCAGAAAGGGAGAGGGAAAGGAAGAGGGAACAAGAGAACAUUCAAGCAGAGAAAGAACGUGCACGCUUGGAGAAAGAGAGAGCCCUUCAGCUCCAGCGAGAACUGGAGCGAACAGCACGGGAGGAUGCAGCACUCCAGGCUGAGCGAGAAAAGGCUGAAAGAGAAAAGGAAAAGCUUUACAAAGAAGCACAAGAAAAACAAAAGCGGGAAGAAGAGCAAUUGGCAGAGUUGGAAAGGCAGCAUUUAGAAAAAGAGAAGAUUAGAAAGGAGCAGGAAGUAAAAGAACAACAAGAAAAUGAAAAGAGAAAACGUGAAAAUGAGGAAAGAAAAUGGAAGGAAGAACAAGACAAGAAAGCUGAGAAGGAGGCAGCAAGCAAAAAUAUACUGAAUGUGACUGUGGAAGUUCAUGUGACACACUCCACCUCAGACUCUUACACAAUGACUCCCAAUGCUAAAGUCAAGUUGCCAAAAGUAAAUUUGGAGGAUUAUGGAAUGGACUUGAACAGCGAUGACUCUACUGAUGAUGAGGGAGCACCACGUAAGCCAAUCCCUGCUUGGGCUAGUGGUAAAGAACUACAAAAAGCCCUCAUAAAGCAGUAUUACCAUCCUAUCGACCUGGACAAAUUCUUUGGUGCCAUUCAACCACCCAACCUCGAGACUAUCUUCAGUAAAAGCAAACCACGUUAUCUGAAACGCACUAGUUCUGCAGUAUGGCAUUCACCGCCUCUAUUGAACAGGAUUAAUGUACCCUAUGGCUUUAAGAAAUAUUGAACUUUUAUAUUUUACAGUAACAAUCCAAGUACUGUAAAAUGUGAAACUGUCUCUAUCCUCUGCUCAACUACUAUGAUAUCAUGAUUUUACUAUCUUGUCCAUCUGUCUGUCUUUGUAUAUGUAUAUAGCCGAUAAAGACUUUAAAUAGAAGAUCGGUCAUCUGCUUCUCGGGAACCUUUUUAUGUAUGAGUCGACUUUGAAGUAUUUUACAUCCUGGUAUGCAGGGACUCUUAUUUUUGUAUUUUAAAGACUCUAGUGUAUUGGGUGCCUUUUCAUAAAUUUUAAAUUCAAAUACAGCACAGUCCGAUAAGGUUGUUUCUGACUACAAUAAGGGGUCUAUGUGACAAGUCUCUAUUUGGACGAGGGUAGGAGAGAAAAGUAAUUAAAGAGAGAAAAGUAACCCAAAUAAUUAACUUCUAAAUUUGUGUGGCAAAUAGAAGCUGGGAUUGUGGCAUGAUUGUGCAAGAUGUUGAGACCCGUACUCUGCAUCUGACUGCACUCCUGACGGAGAGCUUGAUAUUUGAAGUGAGCCAAGUACUAGUCCCAAAGCUUCUUUAAUGGCAUAUUAACUAAUACUUGGGUUGUGCCAUACAUCUGGAAUAACAAGGCCCACUUCAAUUCAUGUUGAGUUAUGUUCGAGACAUCCCUGCAUGUUGAAAUCUGUUUUGCUCCCUUUCAGCUAAGCAUUAGGAAGAUGUUCAAAAUUCUGAUUCUUCUGUAGUUUGUGCACAUGAGGAUGUGUGGUAUAGUUUGAUUUUUUUUUAUUCUUCCCCACAAGCACCCUCACCUGCCGCUUAGAAUCUUGUGCACAGGAUGUUUGCUCGGAUAAGAUAUCUGAAGGUGCCCGUGGAAUCAUGCCCCAGCAAGAGUUGUCUCUUGGAUUAAGAGAAUAAUGGCAACAAAAAGCCUUUUGUGUUUCAGAUGCUACACCUGUAGCACUGCACAAUACUGUCAUUAUGAUGACUUCGGGAUGAGAAGCUGAGCUGUGUAUGAUGCCUUGUGUAGAAAGUCUGUCUCAGUCUGACAAGUGAUUUACUAGUUUAUUAAAAUCUUGUCAACAAGGGCUAUAUUAUGAUGAAAGUGUCUACUUUUUUAAUAAGUUGCUGAAUACUUUUAUUCGCUUUGUUUUUGUUAGCUUUAGUCCUUGAAGAUGCUAAAACUAAUGCUGUAUUCAUUGAAAUGCGACGAUGAGUAAAAGUGUAAGAUGAAAUGAUUAUUCUGGAGCAAAGAAACAAAAAUAGGCCAUUCAGCCCUUCUAACCUGCUCUGCCCAUCAGUUUCUCCUGAGUGAGAGACUCAUUACUCCCUCUCUACAACUUGGUAGAUGAGGUUUAAACCAAUUUGUUAAGUCUAGUCCCACCAUGGUUCUCGUGUAGUCUGGCCCAUUUGGACAGUUGUCUUUCGCCAGUGCCCCACUUCCCCCACACAAAUCUUUAGGUCAAACACUCGUCUCCUUGUUCUAAUUAAUGUGUCAAGUAGUUUGUGUUUAAUCAAAUGCCUUCAUGGAUGCUGGUAUGCAGUUAGAGAACAGUCAUUUAUCUCUAGCAUCUGGAUUCAAAUUUAAUUUGAAAUGGGUGUGUUCUGCUGCUAUUGAAGUACAGAUUCCUUUUUAGUAUUGCACCUCCAACUUGAGUAUGUACCAUUUUAUGAAAAUAUAAAUUAUGUUAAAGGGGUUAAUUCCCAUUAUAACACAUGUGAAUCAAAUCACUGUUGUGCAGCAAUAGAAUUUUUUUUGGUAUUGGUGCAAUUUUGUUUUAAUUCAAUACUGAUUAACCAGCAACAUGUAUAACCACUUGAUGUUCUUUACAGUUCUGAGCUCCACAGCCCAUGACUGCCCGUACAUGAUUGGGUAGAACAGUAGAAUGGGAGAAAAAUCCCAGUCUUCAAUCCAGACUAUGUAAUUUAUAUUUAAUUGGGGUUUUUUUUGUUUCGAAGAUCUGCAUACCUGCCACACACAUUGACAUUGUUUAGAAUUUGUUUUUUAAAUGCAUCAAUUAGCUUAAAUAGUAGUAAAGUUAUCAGCAUAAGAACUACAAAUGAACAUUAAAACUGAGUUGAUGAAAAUCAGGAAACAACAAUGCUGUUACUGUUAAUCACACAUUCAUAGAUGUAAGUACACCCAUGUGGGAAGUAAGAUGCUAACAGUUUGAAUUUGGAAGACCUUAACUUGUCUGUAAAGCAUUUGGGAAUAAAAACAAAAUUGGGACUCUUAAGUAGCAUUAACCAUUGUUAUUCAAAUCAGAAUGAAAUGUUACUGCAAGAGGGUUUUUUGGGAACAUUACCAGACAGCUCCAAAGCCUAUUAUCUAAUUGGUGAAAAAGGGAUAAUGAUGUGGAUAUGCAUAUCAAAUGCCACCAGAAUUGCAACUCAAUGCUGUUUAAUGCAGGACACUACUGGAAGUGUAAAAGCUAUCAUCUCGAGUAGACAAAAAUGUGUAUAAACCGUGUAUGGAUAACCAGCUUUAGAUGAAAUGGACCAGCAAUUGUUGCUCUCUUGGAAUCUUUGUGCCAUUUAUGAUAGUGUAUUGAGUGGGUGAAAAAAUAUGUAACCUGAUUUGUAAAAUUUUUAUGUUGAAAAAUGCUUUGACAUUGUAAAUUCUUGUAGCUUAUGAAUAGCCAUAACAAGCCAAGUAGGCUGGUUCAGUAGGGGGCAUGACUUUGAGACAUACUUGAGGAAAUGUUACAAUUUAAGAGUUGACUUGUACAUGUUUCCAUCUCAAUUUGUAUAGCCUUUGUUCCAACAACUUAUCAACAUAUGAAAUUGAGGUUAUUCAUCAGCAUUAGUAUCUAACUUAUUGUGAAAAGAGCUAUUGCUCACCCUUGAGCUUCACA